GACGAGUAUAUACCUUCGUAGAAAAGAAUUCAGAGGUCGCAGAAAGAGCAAUGGAGGAAGAGGAGCAUGAGGUGUACGGAGCAGAGAUCCCAGACGAAGGAGAAUUGGACGGCGACAUGGACGCUCAUCACGCCGACGUUGACAUGUCCACCGCGGACGUCGCCGCCGUAAAGGAGCUGGACGAGAUGAAGAAGCGGUUGAAGGAGAUGGAGGAGGAAGCUGCUGCUCUUCGCGAGAUGCAGGCCAAGGUUGAGAAGGAAAUGGGCGCUGUUCAAGGAAUUUUGGUUUAACUUCUUUUGAGUAACAUGCUCAUUUACCUAUGUGUCGUUAUUGGUUCCACAUAGAUCCUGCAAUUGCCGCUGCUUCUCAAGCAAACAGAGAAGAGGUGGACGCACGUUCGGUUUUUGUUGGCAAUGUUGAUUAUGCAUGCACACCUGAAGAAGUGCAGCAGCAUUUCCAAUCAUGUGGUACAGUCAAUAGAGUGACUAUACUGACAGAUAAGUUUGGCCAACCAAAGGGUUUCGCUUAUGUGGAAUUUGUGGAAACCGAAGCUGUUCAAGAGGCUCUCGGCCUAAACGAGUCUGAGUUGCACGGCCGGCAAUUGAAGGUUUUGCCGAAAAGGACGAAUGUUCCUGGUAUGAAGCAAUACCGGCCAAGACGCUUCAAUCCUUACAUGGGUUACCGCUUCAGGAGGCCAUAUGUACCUCCUUACUUCUCGCCCUAUGGAUAUGGGAAGGUUCCGAGGUUCAGAAGGCCAGCUCGAUACAUGCCGUAUUACUAGAAGAUUGGUUGCAUCGUGGACUAGCGUAUGCAUCUGGCUGAAAGGAUUCGUCAUCUAAUACAAGGCCUGUCGUUUAAUAUUGUAGUUGAGUUUUAGUUUUGACCUGGUAGCUCUAUCGAUGUGCCCUUAUUGCUAAAGUGCACUUUGAACUGUAUGUCUAGAACGCCUAUGUUGCGGUUGAGGGUUAUGCACGUGUGCCAUAUGAAGUAGCUAAUAAAAGUUUCUUAUUGGCCAAUAAUGCAAUGCAUGGUCUAUAAUUUCUUC